GAUCUUUGGUUCCCCGUGACAGGCAUUGAGGAGUUAUGUAACGUCCAUUUCGGCGAGAUGACUCCAAAAGCAGCAGAGCGGUUACGUGGGUUCGAUGCGUUAAUAAAUCUGCAUACAUACACGAAUAAGUGCAUUACUUGUUUUCGAGAGAAUUUUAAAAAGUGAGUAUGUUUAGAAAACAUCCCACCGACUGUUCGCCAUGACUAGUUGGAUGUUUUGUUUUUUCAAAACAUCCCCCGACGCCCGCUCGGCGGGAGACUUGGUACGUUCCGCAUCACACGUCAUCCAUUGUUUACAAAUCAACGGAGCUUGUUGGUGGUUGGCGGCGUGGCGAGAGCGAGGAGCGGUGCGAGGACCGGCGCCUCUCUCAUUCAUCCCCGACGACAACAACAACAAAACCACCGGUGUUCACGAUGCCCUGUCGAAAGGAAAACUACAUCUUCCUGGAGCAGUCCGUCACCGUCGACCCCAAAGAGGUGGACGCGCUGGUCACGAAAAUCGGCGAGGCGCUGCAGCUCCACAGCAAUAGCGGCGGCCACCCGAAGAAAACGGCCUGCCUGCACAGUCUUAACGCCGGCGUGGGGAGCGUGGUUAACCCGGCGGGGGUCCUCGCCGUCGGGGGAGGAGUAGGAGGCACAACCACCACCACCACCGCGGGGGCGCCGGUAACGAAGCGGCAAGGCUGCUGCAUGCGGCUACGGAACCGCGGCAGCAGCCGGGCGAGCCCCUACCACAUCCCCGGAUCGAGCGACCAGGAGUGGGACCAAAUCAAGCCGUGGAACAAAAAGAGGCUGCACGCCGACGAGGACGACCCGCACCGCCUGCUACAGGAGCUCAUCUUGUCGGGCAACCUGAUCAAAGAGGCCGUGAGGCGGCUGCAGUUCUCCGCGGCGGACUGUGGAGACUUCCCCAAGGCGGCGGACAACGUGCCGUGCUGACGAGGCUUCAAACACGGUUCCCCCACCCCAUCCACGGUCCUCCUUUGGACUUUCAAGUUGAACUCAACAAGACCGGUACCUGUGUUUCCCCUCCUCAUUUCGUUCGAUUUGUCCGGAACCUUGGCUCCGUUGCGUCAGCGGCAAGCGGUUAGCUCGCCAGUUAGCCGCCCGGCUAAUGAGCCGUGUUGUUUAUGUUUGAAAAUCUCCCCCACCGAGGUGCAGGGGUGGGGGCGUCUAAGAGGCUUCGAAUAAGCCAGGAUUUGCUAAUUUUUCAUUGACAUUUCCACCCUGCCCUAUUAAUGAAAUGACAUUUCACAUGGGGGCUUUUUAUGUAAAAUGGACGCCAUUUUCAAGACGACUCGGAAAGCGCCCCCCGCACACAUGUAAACACGCUUUUUUUGUUGUUGUUGUCCCAAGUCAUCCCUUAAUCUGUUGUCGUGUUUGGAGGCUGGAGUACACAUUUCUAGCCUUAUUCACCCCGUAACAAACAUGAACUUUAUUGAGGAGGACGGUUACGCUGGUUUAGUGUUGUGUGUGGCCAUUUUGUUUACACUCGGGGAGAGGAGACAGGAAGCAAGUGUGUACCAUUAUUUACCCCCACCCCUAACUUCUUUAACUUCCCUCGGAGCAGCUACUUUCACCACUCAAAACCUCAACUAAGACACAAUUUUGUCUCUUAUUUUCUAAAGCAGUUUUUCUACACAACACUGAUGCUAUAUGUGGUUAGCGGGACUGCCUUGCAGUUCAGAUGUACGGGUUUCGAAUCCCGGCUCCAGAUGUUCUCCCUCCCCCGUGUGUUUUUCUGUGGGUCCUCUGGCCGGCUUCCUCCCACAUUCUCCAGAACAAGCAAAACAAAAAAACGUUAGUCAAUUGGAGAUGUAAAAGGUCCAUGAGUGUGUGUGUGUGUGUGUGAUUGGCUGGGGACCAGUCCAGGAUGCCCCCAGCUCAUCUGUGUCCCUUAUGAGGAGUACAGGAAAACCUUUUUUUCCCCUGCACCAAGCAGCAUGACAACAAAAAGUCUGUUGUGGAUGGCAGCCUCUAGGUGUCCUAUGAAAGGGGAUCCCGGUGAGCAAAUAUGCAGGGUAGUGGGGGUUGUGGAGGCAUGGGAAAGUAAGGCCAAUUCCCACAGAGCUUACUAUUACUUGCUUCUGUUUGUUUGCUGGUAAAAGGGGGAGGUGGUGGUCGACGGUCACAUGACAACACUUUUGUGGUGCUCUACACCUUUUUGGAAUUCCGAGUUCUGAUCUUUUCUUUUUUUGUAUUUGUGCUCCGUGUCAAGAAAAAAUGCACGACUGCUUCGUAACGAAGUAUCUUGAUAAUGUUCCUGAGUAUUCAGGGCCUUUUUUUUUGGAGGGGGGGGGGUUGUCUUAAUA